AUGCGUGACGUACUUUUAAGAUUUUGUAUAGUUUUGUAUACAUUAUCAACCUAUACUGGCACUUUCAACUCCGCAAACGUCGAGAGUGUCUCGUUCCCGCGCGGGAACGUCCAUAGAGAUGUAUAUGGAGGCGAUACCGACUUUAUAAUCGGUAAAUUUAAUAAAUUAGCUUCUAAUAAUGGAGUGAUUUCCUUCAUUUCCUGGCCUUCUGGCCAGUACGACAAUUUAAAGCUCAAACGUCUGCACACCCGGGAUUCCACAAAGUCGACUUUUGAGGUAAAUUCGGCAGUUUAUAGUGACAAAGAGGACACGAGGUCGAAUGAAAAGCUGCAGGAGUGUGAGAAAGGGACAAAGGAAUCGCUAGAAGACUUGUGCAUUUAUCUUCCUCGCAAUAUUUGGCCUUUUAAUGCAGAUUUAGACAAAGCGGCGAUAGGACGUCAGAUUUUGGUACAGAAACACUGGGAAGACAAAAAGGUUUACGAGAAUAUCAACGCUGAAAGAAUAAAAUGUGCAGUAGGAGUUGGAGCUACUCUCGAUAAAAUACUGGAAAACACAAAAAUUAUACUGGAUGGACCUCCAUUUGCCAAUGGAGAUGCACACUUUGGACACUUUUUAAACAAGACGAUCAAAGACGUCCUUCUACGUUUCUUCCUACUCAGAGGAGAUAUAGCUCUAAUGGUUCCAGGAUGGGACUGCCAUGGAAUGCCAAUAGAAUUCAAGAUACUAAAUGAUCCUGAACUUUGUGCCCCAAAAGAGGAGAAACUCCUCACUGAAGAACAGGUUAAAAGUAUAGAAAUAAGAAACAGGUGUAAAGCUUAUGCGAAGCAAUCCAUAGACUCCCAAAUGGGUGCAUUUAAAAAAUCUGGAAUAUGGGCACUCUGGGACAAGCACUAUGCAACAUAUCACUCCUUCUAUGAAAAACUCGCUGUUGAAACUUUUUUGAGACUAGAACGUACUGGACACAUACAUAAAAGCUUACUUCCACAACACUAUAGCAAACUCUCAAAGUCUGUAUUGGCUGACUCUGAAAUAGUACAUGAAAAAAGAAGCAUUCAGACAUGCUAUAUAUCAUUCGCUCUAGAGAAUAAAGAGGAUAUUAUAGGAAAAAUAAGGAAUUAUACAAGAAAAGAUCAAGAAUGCGACACUUUAGCCACGGACCUAAUGGAUAUUGACUCGGUAAAACUCAUAGCAUACACCACAAUGGGAUGGACAAUUAUAGGCAAUAAAGGUCUUGCUGUGAAUGAGAAGGCAGAUUAUUCCAUAUACAAGGAGAAUAAUGUUGCGUACAUUGUCUCGUCCACAUGUAAGUUAUUCCCUUUUGACAAAAAAAUUUGCAACAUCCCCGGGGAAUUCUUAAAGAAUUUGAUUUAUAUUGACCCAGUGUUCAAGAAAAAAUAUAAAAUAUAUGCUGAAAAUUUUGUGAUUCCAUAUAGAGCCACCGGAAUUAUGCACAUGUGUCCAGCUCAUGGAAUAGAAGAUUUUCUUUGUAUAUCAUCGGAUCCUCAAUUCCAUGUAGAUCAGAUAAAACUUAAUGACGAAUAUGACUAUGGAUCUGUGUACGAAGAUAAAACAUAUCGCAUUAAUAAUUUAAUUGAUGAAAAUGAGAAUUUUUACAAGGGUAUUCACUAUGCCGUUAACGGUCGUAAUAUCGAAGAUAUAGAUGAGAGAAUAAUGAAGAUAAUCUUAGGCGAUAAUUUGUUUAAAAUAGGUAAUGAAGAGGUAUAUGUAGAUUGUGAUUGGAGGUACAAGAAUAGAUUGCAUGUGCGAUUGACUAAUCAAUGGGUAUUGGAUAUAAAUGACAAAGCCAAACUCUGUAAAAUGCUAGAUUCGAUAAAAAUGUAUCCGAGCUCUUCAAAGAAUUAUUUGAGAAAUUCUAUCCUAUUCAGACGGGCUAAUUGGUGUCUCAGCAGGCAAAGGGUCUGGGGAACUCCAAUCCCCUUUCUAGGAAAUACAUCGUUAUGCCCGGACUCAACACCGGAUUAUGAAAUUUCAGACAUAUUGUACAAAAAGUAUAUGCGAAAACUGCAUGAACCAUUUUCAUCGGGAGGAUUGCGCCCUCUUCCAGAUAUCCUUGAUGUCUGGUUUGAGUCUGCCUUAUCGGAAUUAUAUACAAUGAAGAUUUUAAAACAAGAACUGGGGAAAUUACACAAAGGAGCCCCAAAUGAAACGACUGAAGGAUAUUUUGGAGAUAUAUCAUCUAUGAAAUUGGAUGUGGAAAAUUUGGAUAUAUAUGCCGUGGAAGGGAGGGAUCAACAUAGAGGUUGGUAUCAAUCUACAAUACUUCUGCACUCUUUGCUGAAUUUGAAACCUCCAUUUAGACAUGUUAUUACACAUGGGUUCGUGAAUGACUGGAAAGGCAAAAAAUUCAGCAAAUCUGCACAGAAAGUUAAAUCCUCUACAUCAAAUGUAGACUCUGAAAGUAAAUCAGAUCUUGGAGUCAAUAAGGAUUUAAUGAGUGCUAUUGGUGGUGUCUAUUAUGAUGAUCCUGAAAUUUUACGAAUGGAUGAUGUCGAAGCAAUCGGUGUAGAUGCACUGCGCUUAUGGGUUUGUUCAAACGACUUUUUGCAAAGGGACAUUGAACUUACGAAAGAAAAUAUUCAGGGAGCCAAAGAUUUUGAGAAUAAAAUUGUAAAGACGUUUAGAUUCUUGUUAGGUGUAAUGGAAACCACACCUCGAACACGAGAUUUCAAAUUAGACUUUCAUGCGAACCAGAUGUAUGAUGGACUAGGUUUUUAUUUCUUACAUUUGUUGUACGAAAUGUCAGAGCGGGCUAAGGAUUAUUACAUGGAGGGAAAAUUCUAUAAAGUAAUGCGUGAUGUUAGCAUUUACACGACCUUGCUGUCGAAUAUCUAUAUUUCGUAUCUAAAAAAUAUACUAUACAUACAAGACCAACAGUCACUCCCCGUGAAAAUGGCUAAAAGAUCAUUAAGGGAGAUUGCAACCGUUUUGUUAAAAAUUAUCGCACCAAUAAUGCCUCACUUGGCUGAAGAAGUCUAUGCUGUUAUUGAUCGUCCCAAAACAUACGUCAUGGAUUGUACAACUUUUGAACAGAUGAAUUCGCAAAAGCUUCAAGAGGAUAAAAUUGAUAGAGAGACACUAUUCACCAAAAGAUCCGCACGAGAUUCCAUAUUCAACACUGAAUGGCCUCAAAGGCAGAACUUUGAUUCCAACAAAGCUCCAGAAAUUAAUACGAAUAAGAAUCUUUCUACUGAUGACAAAUCCCCUGAACCGGAUAACCGUGAAAGUGCAUCCGAUAGAAGGAUAAUGUCAGUAGGAACUGCACUUACGUUUAAAAAAAUGCUCAACCAAAUUCGCGGAGACUGCAGAAGGGAAAUUGUAAAAGUUUAUAUUCAAGACAAAGAAUUAGUAGAUGACAUGGAAUAUCUGCAAAAGGUGAGAAUCUUGGGAAAUUGUAUUGUAUGUUCAGGAUCUUGGAGUUGA